UCUGUGUCUGUGUCUGUGUGCUAGUGUGGACACAACCGCAAAACCUUGACUUUAUCUUUCCCAAAUGACUCUACUUUACGCUUCUUCUUCUCCUUCUUCUUCUUCGAACAAGGCCCCCCCCCCCAUUUUCUCUCUCUUUUUGAUUUGCUUCAGUCAUUGCUGUUAGGGUUUUCUCAAUCUCCAAUCUCCGAUUUGUACGACAUCAACAUCAAAUCUCACCUCUUCAACCCCUACUUCUUGUCUCCCCACCAUUACAUACUAUACCCUUCUGCAUUUCUGGCUCUGUGUGAUUCGACUCUUCUUUAUCCAUUUCUAAUCACUCCACUCUCUGCUUCGAUUUCAUGAAAAUUACUUCAUUCCUCACAGUAUUGCUCGUUGAUGGCUGAGACCAGACGUUAUGUCCCCAUUCAACCAUUAAACCUUGAGCAGAUACUGCAAGAAGCACAACACCGCUGGCUCC